AUGUCAUUAAAGCCUUAUCUGCAUAAUUUUUGUGAAUUGUUCAGUACCGUAUGGCAAAUCACCAUGAACGGUUAUAGCGUAGAACAACGUGUGCGUAUAAUUAAAUUUUAUUACCAAAAUCAGUGCUCCGUUAGUGAAACUUUCCGCGCAUUACUCGAUUUUUAUCCUCGAAUUUUGCGUCGAGACUUGGGUCUGCACCCGUAUGAAAUCCAACUAACACAAGGACUCAAGGUAAACGACCAUACACAACGUCGUGUAUUCGCUGAUUGGGUUCUGGGGCAGUUAGCAGUUGAUCCAAACUUCGCUAAAAAAAUAAUCUUUAGCGACGAGGCCCAUUUUUGGAUGAAUGGAUACGUUAACAAACAAAAUUGUCGGAUUUGGGAUGAUACCAAUCCACACAAGACACAAAAAAACAAAAUGCAUCCAGAAGAGAUCACUGUUUGGUGCGGAUUUUGGUCUGGCGGAAUCAUUGGUCCGUACUUCUUCCAAAACGAAACAGGCAUUGCCAUAACCGUCAACGGUGAGCGCUACAGAUCAAUGAUCAACAACUUUUUUUGGCCUAAGCUCUAUGAUAUGGAUACUGAGGACAUGUGGUUCCAGCAGGAUGGUGCUACGUGUCACACGGCGCGUGCAACGAUGGACAUUCUGCGUGAACGAUUUGAGGGCAUGGUGAUAUCACGCAAUGGUGACAUAAACUGGCCUCCGAGAUCGUGCGAUUUAACGCCAUUAGACUUUUUUCUUUGGGGCUAUCUUAAAUCGCAUGUCCAUGCAAAUAAACAACAAUCAAUUUAUGCCCUCAAAGUCAACAUAAUCAACACCAUCAAGCAAAUUCAACCAGAUUUAUGCAACAAAGUGAUAGAAAAUUGGACCACCCGAAUACGUGCCACCAAUCAAAGCCGAGGCGGACAUUUGAAAGAUGUUAUAUUCCAUAAAUAA